AAUAUAUCGUGUUGAGAAAAUACCAUCACUAACACACGCCACAUUAAGGAUCGUAUACGAUGCAGCCCUGUGCUUCCGUUUUUUAGAAUUGUAAUCGUUUUUUAGUUCUCCACUUUCCUGUUCACAUUACUAUUUGACAGGGAAAAUUUUGUUCAGACUUUUAUAAGACUUGAACCGGCACUUGCCCACCAAAUCAUAACCAUGCAACGUGCACCAACAAAGGAGUUAAACUUCAAGAUCCAGCUGCUGUCCGGGAAAAAUGUUCUGCUAGUGGAGAGUCCUGACUACGAGAGCGAGCUUUUUAUGCCGCAAAUCGUCGGGGGGCGAAUCACCUUGCAGAACAUUAUACCAAAUCGCAGGUGCUGUCCAGAGAGCAGGAUGUUGUCGGAUCCCGUGAUGGCCGACAUGGGCUCCAGAACCAGGAUUGCUAAGAGCCCUCCACGGCGCUCCUUUGCCGCUGCCAAUCCCCCAACCCCACUGGCCAAGAGCACACCGAUGAAUACUUCGUCUCUGAGAUCUCGGGCUGGUAAGGAAAACGCCGUUCCGCAGCUUACGCCAGAGGGUUUGCGCUGCCGCCCCUUUCGGCUACCUUCACAGGGUGAGAUACACAUGGACGAAUUAUCCUGCCAGGAGCGGGCACCUGGUAGCGUGGCAUCCUCCAAGUCUAUGAUGUCAGCUUACACAAAUAAUAGUCUCUCUCAGACUGAGAUGACGUCGCCAGUGAUUUUAAGCAAGAACGUCACCUAUGUCCAUGCUAACGAAUCGGGCCGUAAAAUCUUUACGCCCUUAAGCAUCUCUGAGACUAGAAUCUCACCGGUAGUCUUGCCAAAUGAGACAUACACCGAGCAGAACCCUCAAGCGAUUGAAGUCGUCCACAACAAGAGUAAGCCGAAAGUGGCCGCCGUAAAGACAUAUUCUCGUAAGAAAGCGGGCACCGCCACCAAAGCAAAGCCGACACCCGUGUGGUCUCCUCUUCAAAAGAGGAAAAAGAACUCGUCGGUAUCAUCCACCAAGGUGCCGUCUCCAACCAUGAAGGUGGAAGUGCGUAAUCGCAAAUUGUUAGUUGACACCAAGAAGACGCUAGCUGCCCAUGAUCCUAGCAAAUUGUCCGCGGGGCCUAUUACAAUGAAGAAAAUCAUAAGGAAGCAAGUGACGGGAAAGACACGAAAGCAAUUUGAAGCCCUCAAAGUAACUGCCUUUGACUUAUUAACCAAUUUGUGUGUGGGCAAUAUUUCCGAGGAUCUGGCCAAGCAAUUCCAGAGAGCCUGUGCGAACAGGGUUUGCACUACCUUGCCCAAUUACGCAGAGAUCGCAGUUGUCCCACCGCUGGAAAUGGAUCGAGAGGUGACUGCGAUGAUCGCCAGGCAGAAGCGGAUGGAACGGGACUGCCGAAGACCAAGGACCGCAAUGCCGCUAGAACGCAAUUUAGCCUAGAGGGUUAGAGGCUCAUUUUUUAAAGGAUGAUCUCGAUGUAUUUGUUAUAUCAUUCAGACAGUAGUCCAAAUGCAUGUAUGCUCUUGUCAAUCCGAUUAAACAUAUAAUACUCUAAAA